UGCCUUCCUGCUGCAAAACAGUACAGAUUAUGUAUGCCUCAUGAAACAGUAUCGCUGACCUGAAAAUAAUAUCCCUUGCUUGUUUCUGAUUUUGUCACUUUUGCUUUCCUCCUGGCACACUGUAGCCAGGAGCGUCCCUGGACAUGGACAUACGCAAAUGGCUCUCUCCAGCAGGAGGAAAACAGGCCAAACCUGCACCCAAGCGGAAAGCAGCGAUACUCAGUGAUGACGACGACGAGGCGUUCACUGGUUCGAAGAAGAAAGCCAAGGUCUCUCCGGAGAAGCCAGCGGCUCGCAGCUGCAAAAAGGAAAUCUCACGGAAGCGGAUCAAUUACAUUGACAGCUCUGACUCAGAUGAUGGCAAGAAAGCCCAGCCAUCUCCUGCCAAGAAGAAGGGCAGCACAUCUCGCUAUUUUGAUUCGAGCAAGUCAUCGGACAAAGCCACUCAGUCAAGCAAGAAAGAUAUCAGCGCGGAUCUCUUCUUUGGUGAUGCUCCUGUGAAGCAGACACCAGCCAAGAUGCCGGCGAAGAAGUCCCUCUCGCUAUCGAAAAAGGUGCCGACGGAGAAGACAGUGAUUCCAGAAACCCCGGAGAAGGAUUUGCCUAUUUCUGUGCCGGAUGACGACAUGGAAGACCCACUUGAUGACCCAGAGUUCACUGAAGCAUUGCUAGAAGCAAGUGAUGCUGCGUUCUCUCCGGCGCUGCUAGAAUCUCCUGCGCCAAGUGUUAGCAAGACAGCAACAACACCUGUCAGGUCUUCGCCAAGGAAGAACACUGCCCGUCUCGAGCAAAGUCCCCUCAGGCAAAGCCCUCGAAAGCAUGAGCGGCCUCACCUGAAGGUACCGUCUUCCUUGGCCUCCCCCAAGAGAGAGACUCGCUUGGAGCAGAGUCCGAAGCGUACGCCUACCCGGCCCUCAAGUGUGGCCAGUCCAACAAAGGCUUCCACUACAGUUGAGCCAGCUGCGAAGACCGAUGUCUGCACUCUGAGGACACCCACGUCUACUGUCAAAGCAGAAUCACCUAAACCGAAGUCGAAAACGGCAGGUACCAAAGCAAACACUGCUUCUUCUUCAUCAUCAGCAAUGGCAACGCCAACUUCGACUGAGCCCAGGGCAGCGAAGAAGUCUGCGACAACACCUUCCAAGGCAGCCAAGAUGGAACCCCCAACCAGUGCGAAUGCUGACCCUGAGGAGGCAUCUCCUGCACCGUUGAAGCGCAACCGGAGUUACUUUGAAUACAAGAACAGGGAAGGGCCUCGCAACAUUGGCUCCAGGCAACUUCCAGAGGGUGCAGAGAAUUGCCUUGCUGGCUUGACAUUCAUCAUCACGGGUGUGCUGGAGUACUGCGAGAGAGAGGACGCCCAGGAGCUGGUCACGCGGAACGGUGGAAAGCUGACCCAGACCGUUGGAAAGCGUACUAGCUAUGUGGUGACCGGCCGGGAGCCGGGUCCAGCCAAGAUCGAAAAGGCGAACAAGCUUGGUAUCAAGCAACUCACGGAGGAAGAGUUCUUCGACUUGGUCAAGGAGUUGCCUGCCAAGCCGUAUGAUGGAGCAGGCGCUUCAACACCAUCCAAGGGAAAGGGUGCAAGCAAGAAUGCUAUCAUUCUUGGUGUAGCACCUGAAGAUGAGAUUCCAGCAGUCACCGUUAAGAAGCAGACCAAGCCAGCAGGAGCAGCAGCAAAGGCAGCUAAGAAGUCCGAUGACAUACCGCUGUUCACGGUGAAAAAGCCACCAGCGUCGCCAUCUUCGUCAACGUCGGCAGCCAAGCCGGCUUCGUCGUCUUCGUCGUUUUACUCGUCCUCAACGCAGAAGCAGCAGAAAGCCACCGCCAAGACCAGCACGGACGGGGGACUCUCCUCAAAGUUGGCAGCAAACGGUUCUUCGGUCAAAUCUGCGGCGUCUUCUGCAGAGUCGUCUGGCCCAGAAUCAGUCCUGUGGGUCGACAAGUAUCGACCUCGCACUCUCAAGCAGCUCAUUGGUCAGCAGGGUGACCGUAGCAACAUGAACAAGCUGCUCAAGUGGCUGCGUAACUGGCAUCGCAACACAUCAGUACGGCCAGAUCGUGACAGCGGUGCUGGCUACCGUGCUGCCUUGCUCUCCGGACCUCCUGGCAUUGGCAAGACAACCACUGCAACGCUUGUCUGUCAGGAGGCUGGAUUUCACUAUGUGGAGCUGAAUGCGAGUGACACGCGCAGCAAGAAAUCCCUGCAAACCGUCGUCGCCCAGAGCCUGGACAACCAGACUAUCAAUGGCAUGUUCCAAUGUGCCGCCCAGAGCAGCACGGACGACCAGCAACGCAAUGCACUGCUGAUGGACGAGGUGGAUGGUAUGGCAGGCAACGAGGAUCGUGGUGGAAUGCAGGAGCUGGUUGCACUCAUCAAGUCCACCAAGAUGCCGAUAAUCUGCAUGUGCAACGACAGGCAAAGUCAGAAGAUCCGCUCUCUAGCCAACUACUGCUUUGACCUGCGCUUCCAACGGCCUCGAGUGGAGCAGAUUCGGGCUGCAAUGCUGUCUGUUGCGUACCGGGAAGGCAUUUCGAUCAAGCCACCUGCGCUCGACCUGAUAAUAAAUGCAGCCAACCACGACGUCAGGCAGGUACUGCAUCACAUGUACUUGUGGACUAUCAAGGAUCGCGCCGUCUCCUACGACCAGGCUAAGGAGGACUCGAGCAAAGCAGAGAAGCACAUGAAGAUGAGUCCGUUUGAAGUGGUGCGCCGGGUGUUCUCCCCUGAUACGGUCAAGAAACCGAUCAGCGACCAGCUCGAUCUCUUCUUCCAGGACUAUUCUCUCAUGCCGUUGUUUGUGCAAGAGAUGUAUCCCAAAGUGCGACCUCGUGCGGCUAACUCCCAGCUGAAGACUCUGGACUGCUUGGCUAAUGCUGCGGAAUCGAUAAGUCGGUCUGAUUUGGUGGAGAGGACCAUUCGGUCCUCAAACAACUGGGGCCUGUUGCAACUGCAGGGCAUGUUGAGCACCGUAGUUCCCGGCACGAUCAUGUGCGGUUCGCUCAGUGCGCAGGUCGACUUUCCGGCCUGGCUGGGAAAGCGCUCGAAGCAGUCCAAGUGCCAGCGCCUGCUGCAAGAUAUCUCUCUUCACAGUCGACUAACGACAACAGUCAGUAAAGUGGACAUGGGGUUGGACAUGGCGCCACAUCUGUACAACGCCAUACUGCGGCCACUGGCCAGCCAGGGCUCAUCGGGUGUUCCAGAGAGUGUGGACAAGAUGACGGCAUACUCGCUGCUCCGUGAAGACUUGGAUUCACUGGCCGAGCUGUGCACUUUCCCACCCAAGGCUGACAUGUACUCUAAGCUUGAGACAAAGACCAAGAGUGCAUUUACACGGCACUUCAACAAGACAGCACCCAACACCACUUUCUCGGUGCAGUCAACCGUGACAAAGAAGCGCAAGACCAAGGCCGGAGCGGGCCUUGACGAUCAGCCUGACGGCGGCGGUGAAGACGGAGAGAACCCGGUCGAGUCUGACGAGGAGGAAGUUGAUGUUGCUGCCAUCCUUCAGAAGAAACCCAAGCAAUCUGGAGCUAGUGUCUUGGCAUCUUCAUCCAAGGCCAAGGCUGGCCGCGGUAGCGGGCCAUCUGCUGGUCGAGGUCGGGGUAAGGGCGCAAAGAAACGGUAGUAGCAGCAUGGUUUCCUUCUUGAGCUUUUCUCUGGCGUUAACGUUUGCCGCCGGUGAGCCCUGCCAAUGUCACUGGCUCAGUUAUCUCUACCAGAGCCAGUCUUGGUUUCUUUACAUCAACUAUAUUCUUGUACAGGUACGUAGAUUCGUAUGUGCUUGCAUGCAGUAUCUUUUUUCUUCUCUUUUUCACACUUGCGUUGUGUGAGCCAUGGUGGGCACCGUGGUGCCACCCUGCCCUACGUAUAGGUCCCCUACACCCGUACUCGCGUUCCAGCCGUUUCUUCAACUGUCAGCUUUGCGAGCGUGCAAGUAACUUAGUUUAGAGCCACCAUUUGUUUGCUUUUGUAACGGUCAUGAUUGCACUAUUGUUAGAUUCUACUACUGGCGGUAUGCCAGCUUCUUGCUUGUUCGUUCACAUCUUCACUGGCCCGAACUGUUACAUCAUCCGUUACAUUCAUGCCGUCACGCCAGUGCAGUGUGCUGCAGUUCGCUACGCGAGGUGUUCGUCGUUAAUACUUUCAUAGCUUGCAUAAUAUACUUUGAAGCAGGUAUCUUCUCCUGAUUCUGUU